GAGACCAACCAAACCUGCAGUGCAUGAGGAAGCUUUUCCGUCUGCAAACACAAUAAUGGCUGCCGCCCAGCUGCUUUGUUGUAAGGCUAGCCUACAAGUCGAAACCGGCGUAUUAACGGCGUCUGCGUCUUUGCUUUGAUACAUUUGUUACUUCAGUUGCAUCAGUGGCAUUGCUGCUCUCCCACAAUGCAUUGCCAGAGGCGUUUGUGUUCAUCCGACAGACCAGUAUAACCAUUACCUCCACUCCUUCUAGCCCAAGUCAGAGCAACAAAACUAGAAGGUUCUCCCUUGUCUCAACUUGUUUAUUAAUUAACUGCAGCUAUGUCUGGUUCUGGUGACUUACCAGCCAUCGAGGGUUCUGGGAUGGGUGGGAUGAAGCUCCCCGUUGGAAUGACUCGACGGGCCCUCAGCUACGACGACAACCUGGAGGCCCCCAUGUCCACGCCACCCCACGACAUCAGCAUCAACAACCUGUGGAGGCGGCCUGUAAUACCGGAGAGGAAGUUCUCCCAGCUAGCUGAGGAGGAUGAAGGCGGCGCCGUCAAACAGGCUGCCGGGCAGGAUGGCGCCCUCUUCAAGGCUCCAGCUGUAGUGAAAACUAAGGCUUCGUCCAUCAUCAUGAAUUCUCUCAUCACCAAACACACUCAGGAAAGCAUGUACAAGUUUGAGCAGACGGCGGGCCUCACCGACACCAGUUACACUCCACACAAAGGCCUGACAGCGGAGGAGACGAGACACCACCACCGCGUCCCCGAGUCCCUCCAGAAGCUGCAGAUCCAAAGCCUGGAGGCCAGAGAAGAGAAAUCCUCCUCUGCCCAGUCGACUCCAUCGAACACUCCGCACAGCUCGCCGAAGCAGCAGCGCAGAGGCUGGUUCGGGAGUACGGGGUCAGAGGUCAGCAUCAGCUCCUCUAACAGCAGUGUAGACAUGGGAGGAGGAGGAGCGGCUGGAGAUCCAGGCGUAAGUGGAGCGGUCGAGCGGUGGGGCGUGUUUGGGCCUCGACUUCCUGUCCAGAGUUCAGCCUCUGACGUGGGAUCAGACGGCUCUGCUGCAGCAGGCUUUGCCAUCCAGGCGUACCGUGGAGCCCAGAAGCCGACCCCCAUGGAGGUGAUGAAGUCGCAGGCCACGCGGCUGGCUGACAACCCCCAGAGGGUGUCCCCGCCCAAAAUGGAGAUCCCCACGGUGGAGGGCCGGCGGCAGGGAGCGCGGCCACACAAGCUCAAACACCGAGACAUGAACAUCCUGACGCCGUCCGGCUUCUGAGACAAUCGCCGUUAAUACGACCAAGGUCCCACGACAUGACAAAACCACCCUAGAGUCCCUCAUUUUACUGUUCACAUUCCCUUAUUGUUCAGGUUCAACAGAAACAUGAGUCUUACCGUUUCCAAAGAAAUUCUUUUUGUGCUUGCUGCUCAUUUGAUGUUUAUAUUUUCUAUAUAUCAUUAAUAAAAUAAACUCCAGUCAGACUGAAAGCAUUUUAAACCCCCCUAAGUUUUAUUUAUUUAUUCAGGAGGAAUUCAAAAUUUAUUGAAAUCCAUUGAGUUUGUAACUUCAUGUGAGAAUUGUGACCAUCUAUCAUAACUGUAACGUCAAACAAGUGGGUAGCUGAACUCCAGCUGAAGGAUUUUCAGAACCAGAGCUCUAAAGUUCAGCCGUUCGGCAGCUCAGACUGGGUUCAUGCUAGAACAUAUAGCUUCAGUUUGCUAAUCUGUAAAAAUAAUGUUAAAUAUUUUCUUCUCUCAUGUUUUUGGUUUAUGUCGCCUUGUUUAUUAUGUUGAUCAUUUUUAACCAGCUUUUUUUGUUUGUUUUACAAAAAAUAGCUAGCAUGAAAAACAUUGUUUCACCUUAGGAUUAAUUCACCCUCGUUUCAUCCCUUCCUGCUUCACACUCAUGUACAUUACUCAUUUUUGGUUGUUUAUAUUUUUAGUCAAGUAUUUUCAUGAAUAAUGCAGAUAAAUGUGCAUAAAAAGUCAAAUCACAUGUAAAAUGUAAUCUAAUUCCGCUUUAUUUCAUCUUAUUUCCAUUAAUCCUUAUGAAAUAUGACAUCAAUGCUCCGAUCAAACCAAAAUAACUCAGAGAAACUUUUUAUGUUGGAUGUUAUUUGAGUCACAUUUCCUGAGCAUUAGAGCCGUUGCAGAUGAAAGAUGAAAUGAAAGACAUAAUGUGGCCAAACUCAGAAAUUCUUAUAUUAUCUUCACAUAUUUAUGAGAAAACAAUUAGAUAUUCUCCAAUGUUGAAUGUAGAAUGCUAACACAGGAAAAAAAUUAAGUAAUUCUACACGAUUAAGGCAUAAAUUGUGAUAAUUAAGCUGAUGUAUUUGCUGACUUUAUGUAAUCAGACAUAUGCUACA